GUGUGUGAAGCUCCCUCUCACUGCUGAUUCACUGAGCAUAACUUCCUUCCUCAGGGGGCCACAUCCGCUUACUGAUCUGUCCAGGUGGCACCACUGAUGCUGGACGCCAUGUCGACCAUCUACACCGCAGCGGCGCCUUCCACAAAGACCAACAGCCUUUACUGUCUCAUCUCAGCACCACUCAGCCUCACCAUCCUACAGGAUUAUGCCUUCUUAUUGAUUUAGACACUGGAUGGCUACUAGAGGGGAGGAUUUCCUGGACAAGGAUUCUCCCAAAGGACAGUCCUAAAAAGGAUGCUACGUCCUUGGUUCUCCUUGGCCUCGUUUCAAUCAGGCAGAACACAAAACGUCUGCAUCUCAUGACGCUCUCCUGCCUGCAGCACCCAGAAUGCUCUGCGGCCGAGGCAAGAUGGAAGAAGCCAGCAGCUGCGGGAGAACAAUGUUGUGGCUCUAGCGUUAGAUAUUAAACACGGACCGCUGAGGCGAACCACGCGAGCCAGAACCAGCAGGUCAUGGUCCAGCACCGGAUGACACUGAUUGACACCCCAUAGUUUUCCUGCCCACCGGCAUCCACCAUGAACAUCAUUCAAGACAAACUAGGCAAUGAAUACCUGCGCUCCAACGGGAGCAUGGACUCCAAUUUCGGCCCUGGCAUGAUAAUGUUCAGCCACCUCCCCCCGGUGACCAGCUUCACCCGGCUGGCCGCCCACUCCGUCAUGCAGGACCUUCCACCACAAGAAAUGAUCUUGAAGAAGGAGCGUGACUCGCCUGACUGCAGCAUGGGCACCCAGGGUGGCCGCAUGGGGUGUGUCGGGGUUGGAGACUAUGUUCACGCCAUGGGCAUCAAGCAGGAGAAGAUGUCAGAGCACGAUUAUCGCCUGCCGGUUUAUCCUGGAGGGCUGGGGAAGAGCACGGAGCUGCUGGAGGUGACAGUCAGUAACAACCAGAGCCUGCUGGUGCAUGACCUCAACAUGGGCAACCUGCCGAGUCAGUUAGGAAAAGAGCCCACUGGGAGAAAAGGUCGAAGGUCAAAUGGUGAUGGACAGGAGGGUAAACCAAGAAAGAAGAGAAGCGAGGCAAAGCAAUCAAUGAUGCUGGAUGGAGAUGGAAGCAGCCUGUCGCCGGGAAACAAGCCUCACAUCUGUGAGCACUGCGCUGCAUCCUUCAGAAGCUCCUAUCACCUACGCAGACACGUCCUCAUCCACACAGGUGAAAGACCCUUCAGAUGCAAUCAGUGCAACAUGAGUUUCAUUCAGAAAUACCUUCUCCAGCGACACGAGAAAAUCCACAGUGGAGAGAAGCCAUUCAGCUGUGACCAGUGUAACAUGCGUUUCAUUCAGAAGUACCACAUGGAGAGGCACAAGAGGACUCACAGCGGAGAAAAGCCGUACAGAUGUGAGACAUGCCAACAGUAUUUUUCUAGGACAGACCGAUUGCUUAAGCACAAGCGUACAUGUGGAGAAGCCAUAAAGAAGGGGCUGGAUCCCGGGAUGAUGGGCCUGGGUUGUGUAGACCUGGGACAUGGCAGCUAUGGAAUCACUCAGGGAAAUGUUGGGAACACUGGGAGAAAGAGGGGAAGGUCCAAAAAUCCUGGAGAAGGAGGGGAGCGCAAGAAGAAGAAGGGGGACGGAGGAGGGGUGAGGGUACAGCAUAUUCACGGGGCUGUACCUGGAGGGUACGGCAUCCAUGAUUACUCUCUGGAGAAUCAAACGGUAUCUUCCUCUACUGAGCCAGGACCCAGCAUGCAGCAGGGCCACCACGGCCGAGCUCCAAAGAUGGCAUUUAAAAAGGCCAACCGUAAGAGCCUGGAUAAAACGGAUCUGGGACCGCCCAAAGUAGGCUCGUUGGAGCAGAGUGCGGGCAUGGACGGUCUUGGCCUCAUGCACGGUAACGGGGCUAAAGUCGGGGCCACCAGCAGCAACUACGACGACGCCAUGCAGUUCAUCAAGAAAAGACGCUACCUUAACGCAGCUAACAAUGCAAACUCAUCAGGGCCGGUGGUGGCUGGAGGAACCAGCAGUGAGUACGAUGUCGGCGUUGGUCACUUGUCUUCCCAGCAGUCUGUCAUCCAGGGUGUCGUUUCCAGUGUGAUGGACAGCGACUCGCCUCUGAGUCUCGAUAAGUCAGGGAUCCCAGAUGAGGUGCUGCAGAGCCUCCUCGACCACUACACCCAGAAGCCCGACGGCUCGCACCACGACAUUCAUUUUGACAUCAGCGACCAUCACGUGGAGCUGCACCCCGGCUCCGACAUCGGCCACAACAACGACACCCCCAGCCCAUGUGGAGACAAGACCGUCAUGAUGCACGAGUACUCUCGCUUCCUGCUGCAGGCUUUGGAGCGCACCAGCCACAGUGCCAGCUUCCCUCUGGGCCCCGGGCCUCCCGCCUCAGGACCAUUCACCACUUCCCACCCGGGGAAUCCCCUCUACGCCGACAAGAACAUCUACACUACGUCCCCACUGGAGUGUGGGUUUGGCCAGUCGGUGGCCUCGCCUUCGUUGCCCUCCUCUGUGCCAAAGUCUCACUUUGCGAUGCUGACGGGAUCCUCGCCGCAGCACAGCUUCCACCUGAGCGGCCUGGAGGCCUCCACACACCAGCAGCUCACCCCUUCUCAGGAGCUCACCGACCAGAUGGAGAAGCAGCACUCCUCCACCCCUCCUUCCUCCUACCAGAUCAGCCCGUCUGACCUGAGUAGCCAGAAGGACCAUCCGCCGGUGAAAAACGGCACAGUGGUCUACCCUCUGGCCCCCUCGCAGGAUCUGUCCUCUCUGGACUCCACCAAGCCUUCCUACCAGAUAGAAAACUUUGCCCAGGCCUUUGGCUCCCACGGCCGUGGCAUGUCUUAUGGCACUGACUCCGGCGGGGAGGUGGAUCACAGGAUACGGACUUCUGUGUCUGAAUUCUCAGGGUAUAGUAGUUUGUUAUCUGAUGUCAAUGAGCCAGUAAGUACAGGUUCCAAAACUACAACAAGCCAAAGCUACAGAUGAGAGCCUGAGAGGGAGAGAACACUCGUUAAAGUUCAUGUUUAAUUUUUUAGUGCUCCUAUUUUAUUAUUAUUAUUGUUAUUGUUAUUAUUAUUAUUAUUUUUUUUAUCUUUCUUUUAAUUAUGCUCCGUUUUUGUGCCCACUCCUCUCCCCACAAUAAGCCCCGCAAGGCUUCCUGCAAAUGCAAUUUUUUUAAAGUAUCUGUUAUUUUUAAGUUAAAUAUGUAUUUACUGUUUAUUCUUGUCAUAAUAGUGGCAUUAGGGUCAGGUCAUUUAAUAAUCAUGAACUGAAAGUACUUUUUAAAUAAGCGUAGAGUAGCACCGGACGUAUUUCUUUUUACAAUGAGCUGAGGUGUUUGAGCAAUCAACUUUACAAUUGUAAAAAAAAUAAUAAUGAAAAUAACCAUGAUGGCAGGGAAUAGCCCAGAGGUGAAAUAGCAAAAAAAAAAAAAAAAGUUAUUGUCUGUUACAAGGUUUAAAGUAUUACUCAGGAAAAAGUGGAAAAGGAGAAGCCUACGAGGUGCGGUGAGCGCUCUUUUCAGAAGUUUUACGCCGAAUUCACACCAGAGCAGCAGCGAAGUCGCAAUUUCAUGCAAUGUCUAUGAAAUGUCUUGAGUGCGUUCACACCUGUACGUAGAGCUGUCCACUCGUGAUCCGAUCCCUCAGUACGCAUGUUAAUAAAAGGUCUGAACAGGACCUUCGUUACAAAGAAUUUCUUUCCGUUUGAAAAACAUUAAUAUGCUUCCGGGGCCGCAAAAAACUGUAAUUAUUGCGGCGAGCCACACUUCGCUGUUGCCUGGUGUGAAUUUGUGACUUCAAAGAGGAUUUUUCUUAUGUUUUAUUACUUGUUGAAUGAGUGUGACAUAAACAGACUGCUGCCAGCUCACUUGAGCACUGAAAACACUUUCUACUUGGCUAUAUAGAGAUUAUGGUACUUUCGUGUCAAUGUGAAACUCAUGUUUUCUUCAAUAAGGGCCAUAUAUAUAUAUCUAUAUAUAUUUAUAAGAAUAUAUAUAUUAAUGUAAAAUAACAGAUUUAAUCAUUCUGGGGAACUGCCAGUUGAAGUAGAGGAAGAAUGAGGGCUGGUUCGGGGGGUAAAUGUUGUCCUUGGUAUAUUUUUGGAGAACAAAAGUGACGUUAGGGCUUUUCUUUGGCCGAUAGAGGUUGCUGUUGGGCAGCGAUAGAAUGGCCUUCCCCUUUCCCUGCCCUCCUCUUCUUCCUCAGUUCUCUUAUUUCUUUAAAAGAAUCCAAUUAGCACUUUGAGCCGUUUUUCUUACAUUGUACCCCGUCGGAUCAAGGAAGCUCAAACAUCAGGAAUGGACUGGCUUUUUGACAGAGACGUGUCGUUGUUUUGGGCGUAUGCUGACGGGGUUUCUGGGUUGAACAUAUUCUGGGUGUAUGAUGUGGAUACCCUUUGUUAGGGUAGCAUGGUUUCUAUGGGGAUGGUGGGCGGCGUCGGGAGGGAGGGUUGAUAUGUGAAAGUGGGAUUUUUCAUUAACAUUUUCUCUUUCUCCAUACUUUUAGGGAGGGCUUAGAUUGGGAGGGAGGGAGGGAGGGGCUUUUAAAAUACAGUAACAUUUAAUCGGGAUAAUGUAAAUGUAAUUCAAACCUCUAGUUUUAGUUUUGACUUGUUACCCAACGUAGAAGCUUUGCUUUCUUAUUGAAUUUGAUGACAAAUGUGUUAGUGAUCAAGUAUUUCUUCAGCUGUUUUGGUGUGUUCCCACCAAGAGCGAAGCAAACGUUUCGCGCGGCGCAAUAACAUACAAAGUCAAUGCAAAGGGGCGAAAAGAUGCAAAUUCGUGCCGGGCGACACGAAUGUCGCGACACGAACGCGCAGAAUUGUGUCGCGAAAGCCUAUCAGCAUUGAGAUUCUCCUGCUGUCGUCACUGACGUCCUGACAUUGUUGAAUCAGAAAUGGAGGGAAAAAAUAUUGUAGCUGUCUGUGGGCACCCGGAGCUACGAUAGUACAUCAUAUCUGUUCAGAGACUAGACGAAACUGUCUAUAAAUGUAUGUGUAUAAACCACAGGCUGUCUAUGGUAGAAACAACAAUGUGGCUGGGUGACAUUAUGUUGAGUGUUGAUGGAACAGCUGCAUGGCCUGGCGCUGAUCGAUCUAAACUCCAUUCAGAAAACAAGCAUUAUAAAAGUUGUUUGAUUGUCGUAUUGCGAACUGACUUGACAAAGCAUGAAUUCAGACUUUUUUACAAAUCGGCAUCAUGAUGUAGUUAUUUCGGCAUCCUUUUGAUCCGUUUAUAACAACGUUGCGACCGUAUUUAUGCCUAGAUGGCAUUAUGUUCAGUGUUGAUUGAGCAUCUACAAUGUUCGCAUAGCCUGGCACUGAUCGAUCCAAACUCCACUCAGAAAAGAAGCAAUUUAAAAGUUAUUUGCUUGUCGUCUUGCGGACUGACGUGACAAAGCAUGAUUUCAGACUUUUUACAAAUUCGCAUUUGGCAGUUAUUUCAGCAUAACUUGUGUUUAUUUUGGGUUUCAUACCACAGUAGCGACGUGUUAGAUACAGUCAGUGCUAUGACACUGUAUGUAAAUAUAGCUUGAUGUUUUGAACCCACACACAACAGCGUUUGGUUUUCUGACAUAUCUGGGACUUUCACAACAUGAACAAAGCAGCAACAGUGGUUAUUUCUUCCAUGGUUGAUGGUGGAAAGAAAAGUGUUUUUGUAAUCUAUGAAGACAAGCCCCCUUGUCCUCUCCGGUGCGUCUAGAGCGAGUAACGGCAAUGAACACAAAUGGUCCAACUCACACAAGUAAAGCGAGGUGAAAAUUGUCUUCGCUCUUGGUCUGAACACAGCAUUACUGAGAGGCAGCCAUAUGCAUUAUGAGCAAAAAAAAGUGGCUGACCAAAAAAUUUGUAUGCAUUUAGAUAUUUCACGUGUGCUGGCAGUACCAAGCAUAUUCGUCCCCUUAGUAAUUGGGUGCCUAUUCCUGAGACGUGCAGGUGCAAGAUAUUGUCUAGUAAAUGUUAAAUGUAAUUUCUUGCUGAUUUUUUAAAUGUAUUUAUGCUGUACGAUUUUUUUGUAAAGACAACAAUAAGUUACGCUGUCUUCCAUUAGCUCCAACUGGCCUUGUGUGCUGGAGAUGAUAUCACUCUGCUGAAUGAACCCCUUUACGCCCCAAUGGCCUGUUGUUUUAAGCAAUCAUUAAUCAUGGCAGAGUGAAUGCAAUGCUGUAAUAUCUUAAAUAAUACGUUGCCAUGCUGAACGGUUGAGGCGGUGACAAGAAUCUGCCUCGCAUAUACCUCAUAUCACAGUAAACCAGGGACAACGGAGUGAAGGAUUGAUGUAUGUAGCAGAGAUGCUGUUGUAUGUAUAAAAAAAGAUGUCAUGUUUCUGUGUGACUAGUUUUGUGUACAUGACAUUUACGUGACCCACUAAGACGUCGUUGCUUCAGGGUUUCUGUAAAUGUCUCAAGCCAACCAGUGUUCAGUCUCUUCAGUUCGACCUCCUCCACGUCUGAUUUGCCAUAUUGUUUCAAUAUGCUUGUUGUUUACAAAAAAAAUGUACAAAACACUACAUAACUUACUGAAUUCUGACCCCUGUAUAAAUUUUAUUUUACUAUAUUUCUUUCCCUUUUUUUAUCACCGCCAAAUUUUUGUAGCUGAUGAUAUCUUCCAUUUUUAUGUUCUUCCAGCUUCUUGUGACGUGUUUCACAAGACUGUACUUGUCCAAUGAAUUUAAAACUGAUUAGGGAGAAAACAAUAAAAAAAAAUACUGUUAUCAA